AUGAAUAGUCCACAUUCUACAACAGCUCACUAUCUUUCAACACCACCAAGUUCAUCUUCAAACUCUCCCUCCCAUUCUCCACGUUCUUCUUCUCCAAUUCAAAAGUAUUUCCAAGCAGAUUCUUCACGUAUUUCCGGAAACGUUUCUCCGUUAUUUCGAUCGAUUGAUCCAAACACUUAUGAUGACAUUCUAAAAAAAUCAAAGUAUCAAUUGCCAUCAGAAAAUGAACAUGUAGAUAGAAUUCAAUUAAGACAUUUAAUGUUUAGAUACGUUUGGCAAGGAAAUUUUUCGGCUCCUAUGGAAGAAACAUUAAAAAAUGGUGCCAAAGUCCUGGAUGUUGGGUGCGGGAGCGGUUCUUUUGUCUUAGAUGUUGCAUCGCAAUUCCCAAACUCUAAAUUUUAUGGAAUAGAUAUGGCACAAAUGUAUCCUUCCCCUGAUGACCUCAAAAUCCCACCAAAUGCUUUAUUCUCCCAAGUUGAUAUAGUGAAAGGAUUACCUUUUGAUGACAAUACAUUUGAUUUUGUACAUUUAAGAUUCUUGGUUCAAUAUUUAACUGAGGGACAAUGGAGUGAGAAUGUCAUAAAAGAAUUGCUUAGGGUGACAAAAGUUGGCGGCUGGAUAGAAAUUAUGGAACUAGAUUUGAUCUUUUAUACGAUAUCAUAUUUUAAUGCACGAAACAUAAACUCGAUAAUAUCGCCGCGACUUUCUCAGUUUCUUUCUUCAUCGAAUUCAUUUUCUAUCAUACAACAUGAGAAACGAUGUACUCCAUUAGGUCAAUGGGGAGGAAAAUUAGGCGAAUUUGCAUUGAUUUACUUUACAAUGGCAUUUAAAAACAUGAAAAAAGUUUUACCAACAUUUAUGGAAAUUAACGAAAACGAUUAUGAUGAAAUUGUUGAAAGAUUCAACGAAGAAUGUGAAGGAUAUAGAACUUAUAUGAAAACAUUUAAAUAUUGGGGACAAAAAUGCUAA